UAACCGUUUUGAAGAAGUCUAUUCCCGGGACGCGUGCUCCCGCAUUCGGGACUUUUUUUACACUUAUUAAUGUUUGUUUAAUCGCUGGAUCGCGCCCUUUUUAAGAUGUGGAAGCUCUUGUGGGCCGUUACGGUAGUGGCGGUUAUUUCCACGUGCCAUGUAGACGCUAAGAGUAAGCGGGCGAUUGAUAGUUACCCAAGUCAGGAGAGUAACGGAUAUUUCUAUGAUAAGCCUAAGAAUCCUCUUACUUUUCCACCUGCGAGAACGACUACGCCGGCACCAAGGCCGCCGGUAACAAGACCACCGGUAACAAAUCCACCGGUAACAAGACCGCCUGUAACAAGACCUCCUGUAACAAGACCGCCUGUAACUAGGCCGCCAGUAACAAAUCCACCAACUAGGCCAACAGUAACACGGCCUCCUCCAGAGUACACUUAUCCUACUCCAAAAAUACCUUUCGUUGAGACAAAAACAACUCCAAGGACAAUAACGCCACCUCCUAUCACAACUAGGCUCCCACCUCGAACAACAAGACCUCCACCUCCUAUCACAACGAGACCACCACCUCCAACAACGAGACCUCCGCCUCCUGUAACAACGAGACAGCCAACAACAGGAUAUAGUUAUCCAACUCCUGAAAUUUCUUUCCCCCCUCCACCAGAACCUCCAGUUAAACGACCACCACCUCCUCCACCACCCCAACCUCCAAUAAGACCACCUCCUCCACCACAACCUCCAGCGAGACCACCUUCUCCACCACAACCUCCAGUGAGACCACCUCCUCCACCACAACCUCCAGUGAGACCACCUCCUCCACCACAACCUCCAGUGAGACCACCUCCUCCACCUCAGCCUCCAGUGAGACCACCUUCAACUUCUAGACCUCCUCCAGAAUACAAUUAUCCAACUCCUAAUUUUCCCUUCGAGACUGAACCAAGACCAACAUCUCAACCUCCAAGAAGACCACCUCCUCCACCACCACAGCCUCCAGUGAGACCACCAUCACCACCUCAACCUCCAAGAAGACCACCUCCUCCACCACCACAACCUCCAGUGAGACCACCAUCACCACCUCAACCUCCAAGAAGACCACCUCCUCCACCACCACAACCUCCAGUGAGACCACCAUCACCACCUCAACCUCCAAGAAGACCACCUCCUCCACCUCAACCUCCAGUAAAACAACCUCCACAACCCCAGCCGCCGUCAUAUACUUACCCGGUUCCGGAUAAGGAAUUUACUCCUCAAACAACAAGAAGGCCACCAAGCACUCCAAGACCAACAACGCCUUUCGAUAUAACGCCACCACCGUUUGAGUUUACCAGAAGAACAACUCCAAGAACAACGCCACAAGACAGCUACACUUAUCAAACUCCAAAGGUGCCAUUCCCUUCAAGCCCCGAUAGGGUCACUUCCAGGCCACCAACAAGGCCUCCAUACAAUCCACCGCAACCUCAACCACCAACACGGCCACCGUACAACCCACCCCAACCACAACCACCAACAAGGCCUCCAUACAACCCACCCCAACCACAACCACCAACAAGGCCACCGUACAACCCACCACAACCUCAACCACCAACAAGGCCACCGUACAAUCCACCACAACCUCAGCCACCAACAAGGCCACCGUACAAUCCACCACAACCUCAGCCACCAACAAGGCCACCGUACAAUCCACCACAACCUCAGCCACCAACAAGGCCUCCAUACAACCCUCCAGAACCUCAACCUCCAAGAAGACCACCCCCACCAAGUCGGCCACCAUCUACAAAUGCUCCGGAUUACCUUCCUCCAGUAAGCAAACAGCCAACUACAACAACUCAACGACCAAUAACUAGACCUCCAACAACAACCACCCAGAGGCCAAUAACUAGACCGCCAACAACAACCACCCAGAGGCCAAUAACUAGACCACCAACAACAACAACUCAAAGGCCAAUAACUAGACCACCAACAACAACUCAAAGGCCAAUCGAAACGUCUCCCAACAAUAUUGUAACCCGAACAACGCCAUACCCAGUAACUUCUCCUAGAGUUACUUUCUCGACUCCAAAACCAACAACUAAUGGCCCCGAGUACUUACCUCCAGUUACUACUUCUAAAACAACCAGGUACCAACCACCAUCAACUCCUCCAACAACCAGAUACACUCCUCCUCCGACGACAACAACCAUUAGAACUACAAGGUACCGGCCUCCACCAACAACAACCACCAGAUACGUCCCUCCAGUAACUCCAAGAACCACCACCACCACCAGGAUUCCAUACAUUCCUCCAUCGACGACUACUGAAGUGUAUCUUCCUUCAUCAGUUAAAACUACAAGAUACACGCCACCUCCAACUCCUUCUACAACAAGGUACACGCCACCUCCAACGAGGUACACGCCACCUCCAACUCCUUCGACUACAACAACCAGAAGGACUACUAGGUAUCAACCACCACCAACUACUACAACUCCAAGGCCGUUUAGCAGAUCUACGACUCCAGCUGAAUACUUACCACCAGUUACCCAAACUAAACCCACUCCUCCUCCAUUUACCCAAACUAGACCCACUCCUCCUCCAUUUACCCAAACUAGACCCACUCCUCCUCCAUUUACCCAAACUAGACCCACUCCUCCUCCAUUUACCCAAACUAGACCCACUCCUCCUCCAUUUACUCAAACCAGACCAACUCCACCGCCAUUUACUCAAACCAGACCAACUCCACCGCCAUUUACUCAAACCAGACCAACUCCACCGCCAUUUACUCAAACCAGACCAACUCCACCUCCAUUUACUCAAACCAGACCAACUCCACCGCCAUUUACUCAAACCAGACCAACUCCUCCUCCAUUUACUCAAACCAGACCCACUCCUCCUCCAGUCACUCAAACCAGACCUACUCCUCCUCCUAUACCUCCAAGUGUGAGACCACCACCAUACUUACCUCCUUCAACUCAAAGACCAACUUACUCGACCUUCACCGCUCCUCCGUUCCCGACCGUAGUCUACAGUUCAACCGUUAGCACUGUAACCUACAGACCCGUGACUGGCAAACCUUACUCACCUCCAACCUUACCUCCUCCAACCUCCAAGCCCUCGGGAUACAACUACCCCAUUCCUGACAUUCCCUUCGAGUUCCGUAAGCGCUAAAAGGUUCGAUGAUGCUUGGAAGACGUUUUGAAAAAAACAAUGGUACAGAAGAUCUCGAUCUUACCGAUUGUUCAAUCAUCAAUUAUUUAUUUCUUGUAAAGAGAAGUA